GGCAGAUGGACCGGUUGAUCCUCCUUUCCUCACGAAGAAUUAUACAGAGAUGUGCUACUGCACCUGUUACUCGUAUCUGUGGUUUUACUUCAUAAUGCUGUCCAGCAAAGAAACCUUAAAAGGAGGGGGGGGGGUGCUGCUUGGUCCUUCCACAUGGAUUGUCUAGCGCCAUUAAAAUGCAGCACGUGCUCGUCAGUGAUGUCACAGUCUGGUGCGACAGGAUUGCGAGCGUUUUGAUGCUCCACCCUGCCAAAAUUCACCUGUUGAGUCACCUGGAACCUUGCAGCACUUCUAAACUGGAUGCACUGGAAGCAAGAAGUUGGGCAUGGGAGGGUUCUACUCAAGUGAAAGGAUGGCUGGAGUUUUCUCCUAUGAGAGCUCAGAGAUUGAUUGGUGUGAAGACAACUACAAACAUUCUGAAAAUGUGGUGGAGUUCUUUAACACUAUGAGCAGCUUCAUUUUUUUCAUUAUAUCUCCCAUCAUGCUCUACCUUCUUCACCCUUACGCCAAAGAGAGGAACUUGGCAAUCCAUCUCGUCUGGGUCAUGAUGUUAUUUGUGGGUAUCUUUUCUGCCUAUUUCCACAUGACUCUCAGUUUUGUUGGCCAGAUGCUGGAUGAGUUGUCAAUCUUGUGGGUGUUGGCGGUGGGAUACGCCAUAUGGUUCCCACGCAGGUUGUUCCCUUCUUUUAUAAAGGACAGGUCCACCUUCUCAAGGCUCAUCCUGGUGGUUACUGUCGCCACUUCAGUGUCCUCCUUUGUCAAACCGACUGUCAAUGCCUAUGCGCUCAACUGCUUCGGCCUGCACAUGCUAUACAUUCUGGCUAUUGAGAUGAGAUGCUGUACUGACCAGAAGGCUUUGAGACUGGCCAAAUGGUCAGUGGCUUUGUGGAUCCUGGCUAUCUCCUGUUGGAUUAGUGAUCGCUUUGGCUGUGGAUUUUGGCAGAGGAUAAACUUCUGUUAUUUGCACAGUAUCUGGCACAUUUUGAUUGUCAUCGCUGUGGCAUAUGGGAGUACGCUGAUAGCCUACCUGGAUGCCAACUACGAGAUCCCCUACUCAUUGCCUGGACUGCAGUACUGGCCCUGUGAUAAAUUGGCACUUGGAUUACCUCAUAUUGUCCUGAAAGGCACGACCAAGACGCUCAAACGGUGCUAAUGACUUUCACAGUGGACAGUGCAUUUUUGCACUUAAAUUAUUUGAGAUAACUGAUGGCAGGCCAGCAUUGUAUCUCACUCUGUAGCCUAUCUAUAAAUAAUAACAAAUGUAAUUGAUAAAAAUAAUAGUAAUAAAGUAGUAAUAAUAAUAAUGGCUUUUUAAAAAU